AAUCGACAGCAAAACGUAUAGCGAAAUAGUCUAGAUCGAAAACAUCAGCAUAUGAUUAAAUAUAAAGUGAAACAGUGUGUGAAAAUAAUAAUAAACAACACUUCCAAACUGCAAUUUGGUUUAUUCAGAAUAAUAUAAAAAAAAAAAUUAUCAAUUAUGCCGGAUUUGUCAGUAAUUACACAUUAUCCUUUAAAGAUCAUUUUUGCUAUCCACUUCUUCCUCGUCUCAUGGGGCCUCCAAGGAUUCUAUUCCCAAUCGAUGAUAUUUUACAAUGUUCUUUUUUUUAUUUGUCUUCUCUGGGCCAUUCACAAUACCGAAACAGAUGAAUCUCUACAAUUCGCAUUAUUCAUUAACGUACUUUCCAUAUUAUUUGACGUGGUGAUGUUAGUUGUUAAUUUUCCAAGUGACUCCUAUGGAAAAUUCUGCGCAGUAGGAAUUAUUUUUAAUACUUGUGCACGAGUUUUUACUUCAAUAUUUCUUCUACGAAUUGGUAGAGCAAGAGGUGGAACUUUAGCCAUGAUGUUUCCUACUGAUCCUGCUAUGGGUUUUGGAAGACAGGAUUACGAAGACAUAUCAAAUCCAAUGCCUAAUAAUUCAGAUUUCGUUGGAAUUUAAAGAAAGUAAGUAACGUUGCAGAGAGAAAGUUUUUUUUUCAAAAUAAAACAAAAAAUUAACAACGAAUAUAUUUCAAAAUCAAAAAAAAAAUACUCAAAAUUUUAUUUUUUUAAAAUUCGUAACAAAGAGGUCUAUUUUGUAAAAUAUACACACCUGUUUGUUAAAUUAAAUUUUUAAAUCAUAUUAAUUAUUUUAAAAGAAAAGAAAAUUUGUUAAAUAGAAAAAUGUUUAGAAAUAUUGGAAAAGAAAUUUUUUUAAACAAAAACAGUCACUAAUAUUACUCUAUAUAAUAGUUAGUAUUUAUAAGAUUUAAAUUACGUUAAUUAAUAAAAUAAAUUAAUUAUGUUAUCGUAGAGAAAUUGUUCUCUAAAAAUAAAAGUCAUUUAUAUAUAGAAAGCAUCAAAAAGACAGUUGCUUAUCAUAGAUUUAAUAAUGUUAUACUAUUUAUUAUAGUUUGUAUUAAUAAUAUAAUAAUUCUAGUUUGUAUAAUUUUCAUUGAUCAAGCGAAUGAUAUAUUAUUAUUAAAUAUUAAGAAAUGCCAUUACUAUUCACAUAAUUGUAAAUUUUAAUUUAAAAAAAAAUGUUUGCGAUAUUUUAUAAAAUGCACUACGUUUUUAUGCUUUAUUUUAAAAGCUUAUUUAUAAUGCAUUUUUAAUUAUUUUGAAAUAAAAUUUGUAAUACAAAUAGAAUUUUGUGAAAAAAAAUAAUAAAAAAUGAUAUGUACAUUUA